AGUAACAACGGCUACACAAUAUAUUUUAUUUUACUCAUAAUCGGGCGACGUGUUGAAGCAUACACGGCUGCGCUUGCCACGUCUCCACCGUGUAACUAUCUCCUUCCUUCCGUUAAGUAAAGCCGAUGUUACCAUCUCUUCUCUCCGUUAUCACCGAAGAAUGGCCGCAACUAGCAUCAGGAAGCUCCCAUCUCUCUCCGGCCUCCAUCACCGCCGUAAUCCACUUGAUGAAAACCCCUUCUUCCGCCCCUCCGAUGGCUUCUACAUCAAUCCUUCUGACGUCAUCCUCUCCCAAGUCGCUUACGACUUCUCCGCCCAAUCCCAAUCCCGCUUCGCCUACCACAGGGCUGGACCUCGCCGGGAGAUCAUGUACGAGCCCUCGGAUGUAAAAGCAGCGAUCGUGACGUGCGGAGGGCUGUGCCCGGGGAUGAACACUGUCAUAAGAGAGCUCGUGGUUGGUCUAUGGGAGCUGUACGGUGUCAAAGAGAUUUAUGGCAUACCAGCUGGUUACAGAGGCUUUUACUCCAUGGAAGCCGUCAAGUUGAAUCCCAAGAUCGUUCAUGAUUGGCACAAGAAAGGUGGCACUGUCCUCGCCACUUCCCGAGGUGGCUUUCACCUCAACAAGAUCGUCGAUGCCAUCCAACUCAACGGUUACAACCAGGUGUAUAUAAUAGGAGGAGACGGCACAAUGCGUGGAGCUGUCGAGAUCUUCAAGGAAGUAAGCCGCAGGAAACUGGAGGUAGGAAUUACAGGUAUUCCGAAAACCGUGGAUAAUGAUGUCGGUAUCAUUGAUAGAUCGUUCGGGUUUCAAACGGCUGUAGAGAUGGCUCAGGGGGCUAUAUCUGCUGCUCACGUGGAGGCUGAGAGCGCGGUCAAUGGCAUUGGACUAGUGAAGCUCAUGGGAAGAAGUACUGGCCACAUUGCUUUGCACGCCACACUUAGCAGUCGUGAUGUAGAUUGUUGUUUGAUCCCGGAAAUGGACUUCUACCUUGAAGGCAAGGGAGGGCUGUUUGAGUUUCUUGAAAAGAGAAUAAGAGAACGUGGCCAUGCUGUGCUUGUUGUGGCUGAAGGUGCAGGGCAAGAGAUGAUCCCAAGAAAUGAAUCACAGAAACAAGAGAGGGAUGAAUCUGGCAACUUAGUUUUCUUGGAUGUGGGAUCCUGGUUUAAGUCAGUGCUCAAGGAAUGGUGGGGGAGAGAGCAUCCAGACGAGCUGUUCACGGUCAAGUAUAUCGAUCCGACUUACAUGAUAAGAGCUGUACCUGCAAAUGCUACGGAUAACUUGUAUUGUACACUCUUGGCCCACUCGGCUAUCCAUGGAGUCAUGGCUGGUUACACAGGGUUCGUGCCAGGUCCGAUCAAUGGGAACUAUGCUUAUAUCCCCUUAGAGGAAGUGGCACAGAGUAAGAAUGAAGUGAACACGAGCGACCACAAGUGGGCAUGGGUUCGUUCCGUCACAAAUCAACCUGAUUUUGAAACAAAAGUUUAAGGGGCGAUCACCGCGAGACCUUCGAGAAGAUUAGAAUGAGACCGUGAAGCGUAAAAGUUAUAAUCUUAUGUAUCUUAUGUAUAUGAUCAAGCAACGCUAUCUAUAGUUUGCAUGAUCCUGCGGUAUCUAUAUAUACACACAUGUCUUUAUCUAAGAUAACAGUAAUAUUCAACU